AUGGCGGAUGUGACAGCGGCGGACGGAGCUGACAAACUCAGCAAAAAUGAGUUGAAGAGGCGAAUGAAGGCUGAGAAAAAGGCUGCUGAGAAAGAGGCUAAAAUUAAGGAACAUGUGGAGGAAAAGAAGGAAACAAGUGAUGAUGCCCAUAAUUUAUUAGAUGAAGAAACACUUGAUCCAAAUCAAUACUUCAAGAUUCGUACUCAAGCUAUCCAGGCACUAAAGGGCACUGAAGAGGACCCAUAUCCCCACAAGUAUCAUGUUGACUUGUCUCUCACAGCCUUCAUUGAGAAAUAUAACCAUCUACAACCAGGGGACCAGGUGUCCGAUGUCACCUUGAAUGUAACCGGUCGAGUCCAUGCCAAGAGAGCUUCCGGUGCUAAAUUAAUCUUCUAUGAUCUGCGAGGUGAAGGAGUCAAGCUGCAAGUUAUGGCAAACUCGAGAAAUUACAAGUCUGAAGACGAUUUUGUAGCAAUUAACAACAAGCUUCGGCGUGGUGACAUCAUUGGUGUUCGUGGGAAUCCGGGGAAAACUAAAAAAGGAGAGUUGAGCAUCAUUCCCACUGAAAUGACUCUGCUGUCCCCUUGUUUACACAUGUUGCCUCAUCUUCACUUUGGCCUCAAAGACAAGGAAACACGAUUCCGGCAACGGUAUUUGGAUCUUAUCCUAAAUGACUAUGUGAGACAGAAGUUUUUAACACGAGCCAAGAUCAUUACUUAUCUGCGCAACUUUCUGGACCAGAUGGGAUUUUUGGAGAUUGAAACUCCAAUGAUGAACAUUAUUCCUGGUGGAGCAGUAGCCCGUCCAUUUGUUACUCACCACAAUGAGCUGGAUAUGAAUCUGUACAUGAGAAUCGCACCAGAGUUGUACCAUAAGAUGCUUGUAGUUGGAGGUAUGGAUAGAGUUUAUGAAAUUGGGCGUCAGUUUAGAAAUGAGGGCAUUGACCUUACGCAUAACCCUGAAUUUACCACCUGUGAGUUCUACAUGGCCUAUGCAGACUACCAUGACCUCAUGGACAUCACAGAAAAGCUUCUCUCAGGAAUGGUCCUCCACAUCACUGGUGGAUACAAAGUAAAAUAUCAUCCUGAUGGACCAGAGGGUGAAGCUUAUGAGAUUGACUUCACCCCUCCAUUCAAAAGAGUGAGCAUGACCCACGAUCUUGAGAAAAUUAUGGGAGUGAAAUUCCCUCCUACAGACUCUUAUGACUCUGAUGAGACGCGCAAGUUCUUUGACGAAUUGUGUGCCAAAAAAGGGGUGGAAUGCCCACCACCAAGAACCACCGCACGUCUCCUGGACAAGUUGGUGGGUGAUUUCCUUGAAGUCACAUGCAUCAGCCCAACCUUUAUCUGUGACCAUCCUCAAAUCAUGAGCCCUCUGGCUAAAUGGCACAGGUCGCAAAAGGGCCUGACAGAGCGUUUUGAACUUUUUAUGAUGAAGAAAGAAGUCUGCAAUGCUUACACUGAAUUGAACGACCCAAUUCGACAGAGAGAACUCUUUGAGCAGCAAGCUCAGGCCAAAGCCGAGGGUGAUGAUGAAGCCAUGUUUAUUGACGAGACUUUCUGCACUGCAUUGGAAUACGGACUGCCUCCCACGGCUGGCUGGGGAAUGGGAAUAGAUCGUCUCGCCAUGUUCCUCACUGACUCCAACAAUAUCAAGGAGGUGUUGCUUUUCCCAGCUAUGAAACCUGAUGACAACAAGGCCACAGCACCUGCAGAGGGCACAUCCGUCUGA